CGCGAGCGAGCGAGCGUACCCCGGAAGCGGUUCUUAGACCCAUGACACGUAGCAACGGAGCCGGUGUGGGGCUCUGAAACUCAGUUUUGGAGGCUGCUUGGGGCUCCUGGGGUUGGAGUUGCCGCCGUUCCCGCCGCCUCCGCGUUCGAUCCUUUGCAAUGUCAGGCUUUGAGAACUUGAACACGGAUUUCUACCAGACAAGUUACAGCAUCGACGACCAGUCGCAGCAGUCCUACGAUUAUGGAGCGAGUGGAGGACCCUACAGCAAACAAUAUGCUGGCUACGACUACUCGCAGCAAGGCCGAUUUGUCCCUCCAGACAUGAUGCAGCCACAGCAGCCAUACACUGGGCAGAUUUAUCAGCCAACACAGACGUAUACUCCAUCCACAGCUCAGCCAAUCUAUGGAAACAACUUUGAGGAUGAGCCACCUUUAUUAGAAGAGUUAGGAAUCAAUUUUGACCACAUCUGGCAAAAAACACUUACAGUGUUACAUCCUUUAAAAGUAGCAGAUGGUAGCAUCAUGAAUGAAACAGAUUUGGCAGGACCAAUGGUUUUUUGUCUUGCUUUUGGAGCAACAUUAUUACUGGCUGGCAAAAUCCAGUUUGGCUAUGUGUACGGCAUCAGUGCAAUCGGAUGUCUAGGAAUGUUUUGUUUAUUAAACUUAAUGAGUAUGACUGGUGUUUCAUUUGGUUGCGUGGCAAGUGUCCUUGGAUAUUGUCUGCUUCCUAUGAUCCUGCUUUCCAGCUUUGCAGUCAUAUUUUCUUUGCAAGGUAUGGUAGGAGUCAUUCUCACUGCUGGGAUCAUUGGAUGGUGUAGUUUUUCUGCUUCCAAAAUUUUUAUUUCUGCAUUAGCCAUGGAAGGACAGCAACUUUUAGUAGCAUAUCCGUGUGCUCUGUUAUAUGGAGUCUUUGCCCUGAUUUCUGUCUUUUGAACUGAAUUUGUCUGGGAUGCGGACAUCAGUGGGAGAAACACGCAAAGAGACCUUGAACUCUUAGAUCGGACCAGCGAACCGCUACAGCGCACCUCUCCUGCAGAUUUACGUUUAACAAUUGGAGCAAUGGAAGCAAACAUGGGUCUUUUGUUCAUUUUUAUAGAACUUCAAACAGUAUGUUGGAUUUUCCUACAGUGUGACUAGCUUUAAGUGUUUGUGCUUAUAGAAAUAAGAAGUGCUAUUUCUUUCCUGUUACACAGCCUUUGAGAAACUUUUAACUUGCAAAUUAUGUUUUUAUAGAUUUUUAUCAAACCAACUGCAAGGCUGGUAUCUUUUCUUAAAAACAACUCAGACAUAGUAAAAAAAAAAGACACAAGACUUCUUGGAGAAAUACUUUUCCAAGGAAUUUGGAAAGAAAAAAUUACAUGCCCAUGUCAGUUGCACUUGAAGACUAAAGAAAAAAGAUCUCAUUGUUGACUUGUAUGAGUUUAUGUUUCAGAAGUUUGACAUUCCUGUCAAUCAGUCUCUUGAAAAUUUUUGCUAAAAUUCAGAUAGGAGGCUUACUGUCUCUUAUUACAAUUGAGAAAUGUGAACUCCUGUUUAGAGAAUAUUAAUUAAGCCAUUAUGACCUAGACUGGCUGCAUUAGUGCUCAUAAUUGGGUCUUCACCUUUUCCCAGAAAAUCACUAUCCUUUUUGAGGGAAGAUAUUUAAAAUUUCACAAUUUCUGUAUUGCAGUUAUCAAUGUAAAGUACAUUUGAUGCUUACUAAUUAAAAUUUUCCAAAUUAA